UAUGUACUCGUCGUCUUCAAUCUCAGAAAUUUUUAAUCAGAAAGCUACUUCGUCAUUUAUCAAUUUUGAGGAAGAAACACUACAAAAUGGUGCGCCCCGUCUCGGCGUGCACCAUUGAACACCCAGAAUCCAUCGCGCUAUCUGUUGGGUUGUUCAUCUCGGUCGUGGCUCUAGUAGCGCUGUGUGCAAAACACGCGCGCCGGAUCCCGAAAGUCCAAGAGAAAGAACCGGACACGCCCAGAGCCGUGAGGAAAUCACCUUUGGCAUCGCCGCAGCAUGUCCUAGGGGCUAUCGGCAACAAGGCUAAUCCUUUUGCUAUCACCAAGAAAGGCGAUGCCGAAUAUGAGAUCGGUGGAGAUCAUGAUAAGGGCACUGAAGGAUUCGGAGAGGGGGGUUUAUGGCAAAAGUCAAUUCUGAUGGGAGAUAAAUGCCGGCCACCAGAGUUUUCGGGCGCGAUAUAUUACGAUAGCUACGGUAAUCAGCUGCCAGAGCUGCCCAAGUCGCCGAGGGCAGCCAGUCCUUUGCCGAGUUUUUUGGUUUCUGUCGUGAAAGAAUAAAUUUGCGUCUUCUGGUACAUACAUAUAAUUAAUGUUGUGUAGAUUAUACAAACUUGAAAGAGAGAGGCAAAUGACUUUACUGUAAUGUUUUUCUUUGCAA